AUCGCACGACUCGGCUGGAGGCCAAACGGACCGGGUCAGCAACAGCAAAUCCCCCUCAAUUCAAAAUUCGGAUGGCCACGCUCUUCUCGACUCUGGCGGCUCGUCUCGAUCCUCUGCUCCGCCGCCUCAGCCCCAAGCCCUCCCUCAUCCCCUACCUCCGCCUUCCCCAGAUGGGAAGAGCCGGUACCUCGCCCUCUCGAGCCAUGUCCUCGGUUCCCAAUCUCCGUCUGUCGGUGUGGGACAGCGCCGACGACCCGCUGGAUUUUAGCGCGGUCGCCGGCGCCGUGUUCUACCCGCUCCGGCGGCGAGCGACGAAGCCGAAGCGCGCGCUGUCGCCGGAGUUCAUCGAGGUGCGCGCCGCCGCGGAAAAGCGGGCCGGCGGUGCGGCGGAGGGGACGACGCGGAAGCGCGCGCCGUCGCCAGAGUUCGUCGAGGUGCGCGCCGCCUCGGACAAGCGGGCGGGCGGUGCGGCGGAGGAGGCGAAGCGGAAGCGCGCGCCGUCGCCGGAGGUCGUCGAGGUGCGCGGCGCCGCGGACAAGCGGGCCGGCGGUGCGGCGGGGGGGACGAAGCGGAAGCGCGCGCCGUCGCCGGAGGUCGUCGAGUUGCCCGCCGCCGCAGACAAGUGGGCCAGCGGCGCGGAGGAGGGAGAAGAUGCGCGCGCCGCCAAGAAGGGAAAUUCAAAUAGUCAUUUGGAUAAGAAGACUGUCAAAGUAAUGACAUACAAUGUCUGGUUCCGUGAGGAUUUGGAACUGAGUAGAAGGAUGCAAGCUAUUGGAAAUCUUAUUCGGCAUCACAACCCAGACCUUAUAGGAUUCCAGGAAGUAACUCCAGAAAUAUAUCUCCUUUUUGAAAAAUCUGAUUGGUGGAAAUCAUACAAAUGCUCAUUGUCACAUAAGGAGGCCACGGAAAAAGCAUAUUACUGCAUGCAGAUGAGCAAAUUGCCUGUGGAGUCAUUUAACUGCAAACCAUUCUCUAACUCAUAUAUGGGACGAGAGUUGUGCACAGCUGAUGUCAUUGUUGGAGGUUUGAUCAAAUUGGUGUGGGCUACAAGCCACCUUGAGAGCCCAUGCCCUGGACCUCCUAACUGGGAUCAGAUGUUCAGCAAGGAAAGGGUAGCUCAGGCAAAUGAAUCUUUGAGAAUUCUGGGAGCCUUCCGCAAUGUAAUAUUCUGCGGAGACAUGAACUGGGAUGAUAAAGGAGAUGGACCAUUCCCCCUACCAGAUGGGUGGAUUGACGCUUGGGAUGAGUUGAAGCCAGGUGAAAAUGGCUGGACUUACGACACGAAAGCAAAUAUCAUGCUAUCAGGUAACCGCAAGCUGCAGAAAAGACUGGACCGGUUUGUGUGCAAGUUGUCGGAUUUCAAGGUCGACAGUAUUGAGAUGAUCGGAAAGGAGGCAAUACCAGGUAUCACGUACAUUAAGGAGAAGAAAGUCCGGCAGGAGAUCCGCAACCUGGAGCUACCUGUCUUUCCCAGCGACCACUUCGGGCUUGUUCUGACUAUCAGCAGUCAGUCUCAAAAGUUCUGAUUAUGUUCCAGAAACUACUGUGUGAUGUAUGGCCCUCUUUUUGUAAAUACUAGGUAAUAGCAUAUCCUAACUUUAUCUAAGUGUCACGAUGAUUGUGAUUGAUGCUGAUUGACAAUGGUAGGCCUAGGAUCAUCUGGGUGCCCCCUGAUUUUGUAUAGUUUUGUGAAGGAGGCCCGUUUGCUAUGUAAAUAUACCUGAUUGCUUAUUCUUUUGCCGAUGUCCAGGCUGUUCUUUUA